ACUUAGCCUAGCCUGCUGCCCUCCUGUAAAACCGUUAUUCAUCCCCACACCAGAGGCUGACCCAGCGUCCAGACCCGACUGCUACACCAAGGGCAUUAGGGGCUACGGUGGUAAGAACCAGCAUCCGUUAUUCACAACAGCCAACAACACCUAUGGCCGCCUCUAUCCUCCUCCGGAGCUCAACACUAAAAAAUUUCCCAAGAACUCAAGAUUUAGCAAAACACUCAAGGGUAGUGGGCUGUACAAGGAUACACACUUUACCACAAGUUUGGACUGA